ACUGAAAAGUCAAAGUGUAAAAGUUUACUUUAAAAAUGACACGUUUUGCAAGAAUCGCCGGCAUCUUCAUUACGUUGUUGUUUUGUGCGAAGACUUUCUUCAUUUCGUUCUAUGCGCUGAAUCAGUAUCCUCGAUAUUAUUAUCUGGAUGUUCAAAAAAGCGAAUAUGCUGAGCCAACCACAUAUUUGUGGAUCACAUGCCUAACGAAUUUGGGUGCUUUCAUAUCGGGCUUUUGGCUCUUCGCCGGCCUAUGUGAGGAUUUAUUCAUAUUUUUCUCACCCGCUUUUUUCGUGAUCAUCAUUUUUCUUGUGGAGGACUUCUUGCUGCAUUGCAUUUUAAUUGUUAUUGUCAAUGUAUUUCAUAUGCUAAUGAUAUUCAAUUUUCUCACAACGCUUGGAUUCGCCAUGUGCAUGUACAUCGUCUACUCAGCCACGCAAGAUUUCAACGAAAUCAAUCCAGAGCAAGUCUUGCAACACCAAUAAAAAAAAAAAUGUAGUUUUGAAGCGUAAAUCCAGCGAGAGAAAAAGGGAGAAACAUAUAAAAAGGGAGAUGUGCGAAGCUUUGAGCAUCGAAAAAGAGAUGGGUACAGAGAAAAUAGAAGUGAAAAGUAGCAAAAAAUGUUACCUUCCCUAAAACACGGCACCAAAGACUAGGAGAUCGAAGUGCAAACCUCAUAAAGAGUCUAAAACAUGCAUUAAACUCAGUUUCCAGAUUUC